AUGGACUCAACUUUUAUUAUAAUUGGAGGUGGAAUUGCCGGGGUAUCAUGUGCUGAAGGCUUGGCUUUUUUAGCUCCAGAAGAAAAGGUAGUGUUAAUCACUGCUAGUUCACUUAUUAAAGCUGUAACUAAUAUUGUGCCAAUUAGUCAAAACUUGACACAAUUUGACGUUGAAGAACGUAAUAUAGUAACUUUAACUGAAAUGCACCCGUCUGUCUCUGUUGUACAUGAUUUGGUUGUAAGAGUGGAUAAUGAAAAUAAAUUGGUCGAAACCAAAUCAGGACAAGUAAUACGAUACAAAAAAUUAUGCUUGUGUACCGGAGCAAGUCCCAAACUUAUAACUGAAAAUAGUCCUCAUGUAAUUGGCAUAAGGGACACAGAGUCUGUGGAAAAGUUUUCCUCAAGAAUUAAAAAUGCCAAAAGAAUUGUAGUCGUCGGUAAUGGUGGAAUAGCCACUGAAAUAGUUCACGAAAUACGGGGAGUUGAAAUUAUUUGGGUAAUAAAAGAUAAACAUAUUUCUGCUACCUUCGUAGACCCUGGCGCAGCUGAAUUCUUCCAAAACAAGUUAAUUCAGAGAAAUGAUAAGUCCGAAUGUGAUAGAGUUGUGAAGCGAAUGAAAUAUACUGUUUCAGAAGGUCAAGUAACUAAAGGAGGCGCUGCUUUAGGCCCUGACUGGCAUAGUAGUUGUAACGUCAAAGGAACUUCUGUAGCUUCAAGCAAAGUACAAGUUGAAUAUGAAUGCGAAAUUAUUGGAGUAUCAAGCGAACAACAAGAUAAUGAAGAAUGGCCAAUUUAUGCAGAACUUACCAAUGGUAAAAUUAUAGGUUGCGAUUUCAUUGUAUCUGCAACAGGCGUUGUUCCAAAUUCUACCCUUAACGGGUUAGAAGAACUAAAUAAAGGGGGAGAUGGUGGUAUUUUAGUGGAUUCGAAGCUACAGACUUCUGAAAAAGAUUUAUUUGCUGCUGGAGAUGUUUGUACUGUAAACUGGAAUCUAGCAGAACAUUGGUUUCAAAUGAGACUCUGGACUCAAGCUUUGCAAAUGGGUCGUUAUGCCGCUAAAUCUAUGGCCUGUGAUUUAAGGGGUGAAGAUUUUUUCCAAGACUUUUGUUUUGAACUUUUCACGCAUGUGACAAAAUUUUUUGGGUUCAAAGUUGUGUUACUAGGGCUUUACAAUGGGCAAAAAUUGAAUGGCAGUUACGAAAUAUUAUUACGAAUGACAAAGAAUGUAGAGUACAUAAAGUUAAUAUUGAAAGACGGUAAAUUGAAGGGGGCUGUUCUCAUCGGAGAAACCGACUUGGAAGAAAUGUGCGAAAACUUGAUCUUGAACCAACUCGAUUUGACUAUUUAUGGAGAAGACUUAUUAAACCCUGAUAUAGACGUGGAAGAUUAUUUUGAUUAAGCUGAACAUUAAAUUGAGUGUGUGAAAUUUAUAUUUGUGUGCACGAAGCAAAGAAACUUUGAAUAAUUGAAUGUAUUUUCUCUUUCUUCAAUUAAACAAAAAAUUAAGCGAACAUAUACACCAGAUACAUUACAAAAUCAGUCGAGUUCAAUUGGAUGUAAAAUUUGCAAUUAUUUGUUUGUGUAUUCGAUAAAAAAGAAGAAAAUGCGAUCUGAUUAUUUUAUAGGUUUCUCUGCUUCAUUGUAUACAUAAAACAAAUCGGAACUUUUUUAUACCAAGAUCUAAUUGCACAUUUAAUCAUAAUUACUUUGGUUCUUAUUUUACAGCGAAUUUAUUAGAAAUGUAGAAAAAUCGCUUACAAAUAUAUUAUUCUGUACUCUUAAAAAAACAUUCUCUUAGACAUCAACACUGACUAAUAUGAUAUGUUAACAACAUUUAUGGCACUGGAUGUUAUAAAAUACAAUGAAUUUUUGUCACUAUGCCACACUUCUCGCGCUUGUCUUUAAUUAGGAAUAAUAUAGUAAUUAAUCAUUACGUAAUGUAAGUAUUAAAUAAUCACAGCUCAGUGCGAAUUUUGUUUUUGAUGUUGUAUUAAAAAAAAAAUAAAUCAGAAAUGACUCAUAGCGCUGAUGUUAUUUCAAUCGUGUAAUGCUAUCUUGACUCC